GGCUAUAAAAGACAAGCUGAGGGAGCAUUGAGACCACAAGCUUCUACAAGCCUGACUAACCAGAACCCAUCUCACCAUGAAGACUUUCGUGCUCCUGUGUCUGUGCGUGGCCGCGGCCAGCGCCGCCCUGGCUCCCCUCAGGAAGGUGAACCAGCACAUCCCCAACAGAUACAUCAUCAAGCUCAAGGAGGGCUCCAACUUGGAUGAGUUUGUUGACCGUCUUGAGACCCGCACCAGGGGCCUGAACAUCCCCGUCGCUGUCAUGAAGAAGUUCCGUAAGGUCAUGAACGCCUUCGUGGCUAGCAUCCCAGACAGGUUCAUUGAUUCUAUCCGUAGCUUCGAUGGCGUUGAGUACGUCGAGGAGGAUGGUGUCGUCAAGACCCAGGCCGUUACUUGGGGUCUUGACCGUGUGGAUCAGCGUUACCUUCCCCUGGAUGGCUCCUUCAAUCCCGCUGGAACCGGCGCUGGUGUUAACGUGUACGUGGUCGACACCGGUGUCAACCCAUCUCACUGGGAGUUUGGCGGCCGUGCCGUGGCCUGGUAUGAUGCUCUCGGUGGAUCAGGUACUGACUGCAACGGUCACGGAACUCACUGUGCCGGUACCGUGGGCAGCAGGAGCUACGGUGUAGCCACCAGCGCCAGCCUGUACGGUGUCCGUGUGCUCAGCUGUAUCGGAUUCGGCUCCAACAGUGGUGUUGUCGACGGUAUUGACCAGGUUGGUCUGAACGGCCAGCUGCCCGCUGUAGUCUCCAUGUCCCUGGGUGGUGGUGCUUCCACUGCUACCGAUGGCGCCGUCCAGAACCUGAUCAACCUCGGCUUCACCGUGUCUGCGGCCGCCGGUAACGAGAACGUGGAUGCUUGCAACUCCUCCCCCGCUAGAGUCUCUGACGCCAUCACCGUGGGUGCCACUGACAGCAGCGAUGCCCGUGCUUCCUUCUCCAACUACGGUACCUGUGUGGACAUCUUCGCUCCAGGUGUGGACAUCACCUCCACCUGGUACACCACCAACUGGGGCACCAACACCAUCAGUGGUACCUCCAUGGCCUGUCCACACGUCUCUGGUGCUGCUGCCGUUAUGCUUGGUAACAACCGCAGCUUGAGCCCAGCCGCCCUGAAGUCCUCCAUGCUGGCUAGCGCCACCUCCAACGUGGUGUCCAACCCUGGCUGGGGCUCCCCCAACAAGAUGCUGUACAUCGGCAACUAAAUAGGUAUUACCGGAAGGGUGAGAUUGGCGUGACGCACUACUUCUUGUGAUCAAAAAAGUGGGAUUAAAGUUUGAAAUUUCCUGAUUAAAGAAUUAUUUUCCUAUCUCUGGAUGCCAAGUAUAAUUAUAGCUGCCAUAUUUUUGAAUAAAUAAUUCAACAAAUGAAAGGAUGAAAUAAAUAUUGAUGUAUUAAAAGUAAACCA